AUGGAUGCGAUAGAAGCUAUUCAAAUAUUACCGACUCUGAAAGACGCUUUGGAUCAGCUGGAAAUAAUACAAAAAGUUUCAUGUUAUUCGAAAACAGCAAAUAAGAAAGGCUUCAGUUCCAAAGCCCUCAAUGCCUACGCCUCUGCAUGUGACCAAGUCUUUACUUUUUUUCAUCUGACUCCGGAAAAUUUAAAAAAUCUUUCUGGAAGUAUGAGCCGAAAAUCGGAGUCGGAAGUCGGAGUCAGAAAUUUUUACACGGAGUCGAAGUCUAAAUUUUUUGAAGGGCCAGAGUCGAAGUCUGGAGACGGAUUUUUUGAGGGGCCGAAAUCGAAUACAGAGUCGGAUAUUUUUCAUCCGACUCCAACACUACAAAGCAAACCCACUUCGUUGGACGAGAAAUGCCUGCUUUCACUAAUGGCCAAAGCGUCAAAAUUUCUGGCCACGCCACUAAAAGAAAACAGAAUAAACAAUCUAGAAGUAGCUUCAAAGCAGGCGAAAGUUUGUAAAAUCAAGAAAAGUAUUAUAAAAGCGUGA